GGUGACGCGAAUUCCCACCAAUCAGAGUCGUCCACAUGCAGCGACCGUGAGUCUGGGGCAGCCUCGGAAUAAAAUGCUAUAGCGGCUGUGUCCCACUGCCACACUAGAAUCAGGAGCUGCGCGGGAGGAGACGGCCCGGUGCGACGGCUUUUAAGGAACCAAAGGGAGGCCGCGACUCAUAGAGGAAGCAACACACCGACCGGCCGACGUGCACGGGUGUAUGUGUUGUGUGGGAGCCGCAGUCACUCCUGGGCGCUGAGGUGCAUACGGUCCGGGCAGCGUAGAACCCUCUGGAACGCCGCAGCCAGCCCAUUGGCGGAAAACGGUUCCAUCCUCGCCAGCUGUGCAUGAAUCCCGGGCGGCAUCUGUAGAAGAAGAAGCGGAGGCUCCACGUCUGUGUCAUCCCAGAUACAGCAGUGCCCGGGGUGGGGGGGCUCGUAUGGGCAGAGGGCUGUGAGGACACAGGCCUAUUGUGUGUGUGGAGCGAUCACUAGCCGGACACAGCAGCAGCACGGAGAGGAGAGGGGGGCGCAGAUCCGGCAAUGGAGAACGCACACACCAAGACGGUGGAGGAGGUGCUGGUGCAUUUCAACGUCAAUGAGAGCACGGGGCUGGGCCUGGAGCAGGUCAAGAAGCUGAAGGAAAGAUGGGGCCCUAACGAACUACCUGCAGAGGAAGGGAAAACAUUAUGGGAGUUGGUGAUUGAACAGUUUGAAGACUUAUUAGUUAGAAUAUUGCUACUUGCUGCCUGUAUAUCAUUUGUGUUGGCAUGGUUUGAGGAAGGUGAAGAAACAAUCACAGCCUUUGUAGAACCUUUUGUAAUUUUACUUAUUUUAGUAGCAAACGCCAUUGUGGGUGUGUGGCAGGAAAGAAAUGCUGAAAAUGCCAUUGAAGCACUCAAGGAAUAUGAGCCUGAAAUGGGGAAGGUGUACCGACAGGACAGGAAAAGUGUCCAGCGGAUUAAAGCCAGAGAUCUUGUUCCUGGGGACAUUGUUGAAGUUGCAGUUGGUGACAAAGUGCCGGCAGACAUAAGGCUAACUUCAAUCAAAUCUACAACCUUAAGAGUAGAUCAGUCAAUCCUAACUGGCGAGUCUGUCUCCGUUAUCAAACACACUGACCCUGUCCCUGAUCCACGUGCUGUAAAUCAAGACAAAAAGAACAUGCUCUUUUCUGGUACAAAUAUUGCUGCUGGCAAAGCAAUUGGAGUAGUUAUAGCGACAGGAGUCAACACUGAAAUCGGCAAGAUUCGAGAUGAAAUGGUAGCAACUGAACAAGAGAGGACUCCACUGCAGCAGAAGUUGGAUGAAUUUGGUGAACAACUUUCCAAAGUGAUCUCUCUAAUUUGUAUUGCUGUCUGGUUGAUCAAUAUUGGACACUUUAAUGAUCCUGUCCAUGGAGGCUCUUGGAUCAGAGGAGCCAUCUACUACUUCAAAAUUGCGGUUGCCCUUGCUGUUGCUGCUAUCCCUGAAGGUUUACCUGCAGUUAUUACUACUUGUUUGGCUCUGGGUACUAGACGAAUGGCCAAGAAAAAUGCUAUCGUCAGAAGCUUGCCAUCUGUUGAAACUUUAGGUUGUACAUCAGUUAUCUGCUCUGACAAGACGGGAACUUUAACCACUAAUCAGAUGUCUGUGUCUAAGAUGUUUGUUGUUGAUAGAGUUGAAGGUGAUAAUUGCUUCCUGAAUGAGUUUUCCAUAACAGGCUCCACGUAUGCUCCCAUAGGAGAAGUGCUGAAAGAUGACAAACUUGUGAAAUGUCACCAUUAUGAUGGCCUAGUAGAGCUUGCCACGAUCUGUGCACUUUGCAACGAUUCAUCUUUAGACUUCAAUGAGGCAAAGGGCGUUUACGAGAAAGUUGGAGAAGCUACAGAGACUGCUCUUACCUGUCUGGCUGAAAAAAUGAAUGUAUUUGACACAGAUCUAAAGGGACUCUCAAAGAUAGAGCGUGCCAAUGCUUGCAACUCGGUUAUUAAACAGUUGAUGAAGAAGGAAUUCACAUUGGAGUUCUCAAGAGAUAGGAAAUCUAUGUCUGUUUACUGCACACCAAACAAACCAAGUCGCACUAACCAGAACAAGAUGUUUGUCAAGGGUGCUCCUGAAGGUUUAAUAGAUCGCUGUACUCAUAUUCGUGUUGGAAGUGCAAAAGUACUAUUGACAGCUGGCAUUAAACAGAAGAUUACGACUGUGAUCAGAGAGUGGGGCUCAGGCCGAGACACUCUGCGCUGCUUGGCUCUGGCAACUCAUGAUAACCCCCCACGGAAAGAAGAUAUGAAUCUUGUGGAAUCUUCCAAUUUCAUUAAUUAUGAGACUAAUCUGACUUUUGUCGGCUGUGUUGGAAUGCUGGACCCUCCUAGAACCGAAGUGGCUGCAUCAGUAAAAAUGUGUCGGCAGGCUGGAAUCCGCGUGAUCAUGAUUACUGGUGAUAACAAAGGCACAGCAGUUGCAAUUUGCCGACGUAUUGGUAUCUUCCGUGAAGAUGAAGAUGUUUCUGAAAAAGCUUACACAGGUCGUGAGUUUGAUGAGUUGUCACUGGCUGCACAGAGGGAAGCUUGCAUGAAUGCACGCUGCUUUGCUCGUGUGGAACCUUCACACAAGUCCAAAAUUGUUGAGUUUCUGCAGUCUUUUGAUGAGAUCACAGCCAUGACUGGAGAUGGUGUCAAUGAUGCCCCUGCCUUGAAAAAAGCAGAAAUUGGAAUAGCUAUGGGAUCUGGGACUGCAGUUGCCAAAACAGCUUCAGAAAUGGUGCUGGCUGAUGAUAACUUCUCUACAAUUGUGGCUGCUGUUGAGGAAGGGCGAGCCAUCUACAACAACAUGAAGCAGUUCAUUCGGUACCUCAUCUCUUCAAAUGUUGGAGAAGUGGUUUGGUAUGUAUCAGAUGAGGCCUGCUGUUUAGUUGGCACUGUUUUCUUUUGGGUUCGCUUACUUUCCCUGAAAACACUAUGGGUUAACUUGGUGACUGAUGGUCUUCCUGCAACUGCACUGGGCUUUAAUCCUCCAGAUCUGGACAUCAUGAGCAAGCCACCCCGUAAUCCUAAGGAACCACUCAUAAGCGGCUGGCUCUUCUUCCGUUACCUAACUAUCGGAUGUUAUGUUGGUGCCGCAACAGUUGGUGCUGCUUCCUGGUGGUUUAUUGCUGCUGAUGAUGGACCAAGAGUGACCUUUUAUCAAUUGAGCCAUUUUCUUCAGUGCAAAGAGGACAAUCCAGAUUUUGAAAAUGUUCAGUGUGAGAUCUUUGAGUCUCCUUACCCAAUGACGAUGGCGUUGUCUGUUCUUGUCACUAUUGAAAUGUGUAAUGCAUUGAACAGCUUGUCUGAAAACCAGUCUCUUCUGAGAAUGCCCCCGUGGGAGAAUGUGUGGCUUCUGGGAUCAAUUUGCUUAUCUAUGUCCCUCCAUUUCCUAAUUCUUUAUGUUGAACCAUUACCUCUCAUCUUCCAAAUUACUCCAUUGAACCUGAUUCAGUGGUUGAUGGUGCUGAAAUUCUCAUUACCGGUUAUACUUCUGGAUGAGACACUUAAAUUUAUUGCCCGUAACUACUUGGAACCUGGUAAAGAGUGUGAAAAGCCUGCCGCCAAACCGUGCACUUUUUCAGCAUGCACUGAGGGGAUUUCUUGGCCGUUUGUGUUCAUUUCCUUACCUCUGAUUAUCUGGCUUUACAGCACCGACACUAACAUUACUGAGAUGUUUUGGUCUUGACUGACAUUUUUACGGAAUGGAAAUGUUUAACUUAACCAAUUCUUUUUUUUGUUUGUUUUUUUUAAUUGUUUAAAGCAACUGUCUAUUUCUGCUGAAAUUUCACAUGAACGUAGUGCUGGUGAAGGCAACUUUGUUUCUCAUACUAGGUCUUAUUUGGCUUCUCCCAAACGCACAUCUCUUGAUAAGAGGUGCUUCACUUUGGUUUGGGUUUUUUUUUCCUUUUGUUUUAUACAUAUACACUUAGUGUUCAUGUACAGAGAAUUAACACUAUUUUAUGCAAAUAUUUUUUGUAGAUGGGGAAAAAAAAGCAUGUACAGUGUUCUGUUUCAUAAUAUUAAUUCUCGUUUAAAAAAAAAACCAAAAAAAAAAACACCCAAACAUAAGGAAGCGAAAAGGAACUUUAAUUUUGAUUCAAUGGACAUUAUCUGCAGAAAAUUAGCAGCAGAUUUAGGGAAAGUGAUUUAAAUGUCUAAAAUACAAAGCAUGAUCUGUCUUUUUGCAUGGUCAUUUGGAUUUGGUUUGAUAUCAUUAAUGCUGUCUGUUAAAUGGGCUUUUUAAAUAGCCAUAAGCCAUUUUUCCUGCACAAAGCAGAUAACUGCUACCUCAGUCAGUAUUUUUAUUUUUUAGUUUCUCAUUUCAUUUAUAUAUAUUUUUUUUCUUUUUGUCUGUUUACACAGUUUUUCGUAAGAGGUAUGCCUGUUUGCUUGUGCAGCUCAUCCUACCCCCAUCUAGUUCAAAUAAAGUUUCCUCCAGUAGAUUUUUAAGUUUAUUUAUUUAAAUGUCUAAUGUAUUUUAUUGUACGACAUUUUCAUUUUGCCAGUGUUGCCGAUCUCAUGGGCUAUACUUCACAUCCUAGACAAAAAUAAAAACAUUUUAAUGGACAGAUAAACCAAUGUCUUGUCUUGACGAACUGCUUUAUCACCCAAGUUCCUUAUCUCCUUUUUUUUUUUUUUUUUUCAUUAGAACAUAUUGUGUGAAUGUGAUCAAAUAAUUUGCACUGCAAAGAUAAAGCUGGAUCUUAUUUCAGUUGUUGGCACGCAAGCAUCCACCUAUUAUCAUUGCAGGUUAUUCUGCUAACUUGUAUUACCAGAGUUGGGGAAUUAACUUUGUGUAUUUAAUUUUUUUUAACUUGUAAAUAGAACAUGACCAAAUGAACAUAUUGUAUAGAUCUAUUUUUAUUUGAAGGUGACACUAAUGACCAUCGUUUAACUGUUAGAGCAUGUUUUUAGGUUGAUUUUCCGUCAGCCUCCAAAGUUUAGAUCAUUAACCGUCCUAAUUGUGGUGUUUUUCUCCAAAUGCAUUCCAACACAUCAACUAAAGUGAGUAUUCAUUGCCUUUGAAACACUCCGUCAUAGCCAGUUCAUGUAACGAUGCCAGAAAUAAGUCUGUAUUGUUGCUAAAGAAUAAAAGUGGUUAAGUUUC